UGCCAUCGACCGUGAUUUGUGUAAAUUUCGAAUGGCGAAACAGGAAUCGAGUGACGGUCAAUUCUUGGGCUUUCCACUGAACCUUACGGUUAUUUCGUGCAUGGAGAUACGUCGCGUAGGUUUGUUAGUUCUUUCGAGAGAUCGCGAUCUCGUUCGUUCCCGGCGUGCCCCGAUUUUUCUUUCAUUGUCUGAUUGUUCGGGUUUCUUGCUUUCCCAUUAAGCUUGCACAUGAAGCUUCUUGCGGUCACGUUAGGGUUUAUAACUUUCCGAUAUCUUCAAAAGUUUAGUGUCGCGAAAAUAGAAUGCUAAACAGUUUAGUACAGCCACUCAUAUGUCCCUUUUGCAAGACACGAAAUUGUAUAUACAGCGUCAGCAGCUUCAUUUUCUUUCUUGCGGUCCGAGUUAGACAGAUGUGUCUUUGAUACUGAACGCUGCCAGUUACUGAUCGAUGGCAGGGAUAAUAUAGAAGUAACUGGAAUAUUAAUAUAUGGACGCAACGACGAUUAAUGAUCAAUCCGAUGAAUUUUCAUGGAAAUUUGAUACAUCUUCAACUUGCUCGUCUUCUUUGGGGCCGAUUGAACGGUGGCUCAAAAGCCAAGAAUGCUUUUCAGAACCUCUAUUUCCACCGUUGGAUUUCCAACGGUUCCUGCAUGAUAUUAGUUUCCCUGAUGAUAUCCGCUGGGAUAGCGCAGCAUCCAUGACAAUUCUGCUGACCUUGGUUUUAAUGAGCCUGGCAGUGGCUUCGUCCCAGGACUACAGUCAGCUGUUCGCAGGAUUCGGGCCUUACCUGAGGCAAUCAGCGGUAAUGCGAGAUCCACGAUCGAACAGAGGUCCAGUGCUGUUCCCUCCGGGUCCCCCGCCAAAUAGCGCGGACACAAGCGGAGUGAUAGUAGGCGCGAGCGGAUACGGAUUCGUGCCACCCAACCAAGCUUUCUACAGGUACUUUUACUAUUAACGAUGGAUAAAGGAGGUAAUGGAGGUAAAAAUAUCGAGAGAUUCGUGAUUACUGUGUCAUCAUUAACGAGGAAGUGGUAUGGCAAGGAGUUCUCAAGAAAUUGACGAAUCCGUGACAAGGAAUAAUUUAGGAACAAAUAAUCCUGCGUCCAAUUUUGUAUUAUAUUGUAUACUUUAAUUAUUUUUAUACUGCCUAAAGAGUUUCUAAACGUGUUUCCAACGAUACUCAGGAGUAUCCUUAGCAGUAUUUGUACAAAGAAGUACAUAUCUUAAACUAAUGUAUCGUUAUACAAACAGCGUCACUGUAGCAAUUCACAACAGUGGAAUCUCAAUUAUUUAAUUCAAAAUUUUGCUUCGCGAUAAAAGCUCAUAGAAUAUUAACUGCGGUCAAAUAUAUAUAUUGUCAGAACAGAAUUCUUUGCUGGAAGGGUGACAUAAAAGUAAAGUAUUUAAUAGAAUAGGAAUAUUACAAUAAUUCGAUGAAAUUACGUUUAAAGUAAAUCUACUUUAACCUUCUUCUUAAUAUGUAAUGGAGAUUCCCCGGUUGUUAAUAUAAUAAAAGUAUAAUAUCUAGAAUCGUUCGCUAAAAGUCGCGUAUCUUUAUCGAUGUAGAAACGCAGUUUACGCUUCAAACAUUUAUCGUUCGUCGUCGUCGAGAUUGCAGCCCCUACUCAAUUUCCUGUACAUAAACAAAGCAGAUAGAAAUCGAGAAGGCAAACAUCAAUCAUUCCAUGAGCGCAUGCAAAGUAGCCCCUUAAAAGACGCGUGAAAUUAGCGUCGUAAAUAUACGUAACUUCCUUGUAAAGCUGUUCCGUAUCGAUUUUAAUACACGAUACACAAGGCGAUCGAGUUGUUUCCAGGAUUUGGCCUACGCGAUUUCUCAAACGUGCUGUCGCGGUGCACGCAUGCCUGCCUCGCUUUAUUACGUCACAUCUCGAUCGAUCGACCGAUUGUCGGCCGUAGCUCGGCUUAGUCAUAGGCUGCACUUGAAAUCGAAAUGCGCGAGGCAUGUAACCGGCACGCGAUGCAUGGGCGGGAAAAUUGCGGAUUGUUCCGUCGACUCGGAAUACCGUUCAUCGAUCACAGGCCAAUCUGGUUCGACCACCAGUCACGGUUAAUAAGCAUAAUCUUAUGUACAUAGAACUGUACAUAAUUCUUGGUCCAAUAAAAUUAUUUUGUUGUUAACAAGAACAUAUCCUGGUGAAUAUUAUGCCGUAACAAUGAGAAUAUACAGUGGUUUGCGAAAGUAUUUGAACGCUUAUGAUAGAAAAUUUCGAUGUCAAUAUCAUCUGUGUUGUAUAAAACGCUUUGAAAUCUUAUUAACAUUAGCUUAACUUUGAGAGCGAUUACUUAUCCCAGUAGAAUAGUAAGCGAGUACUACUUAUCUGUAUACAACGUGUAUAACAAUUAAGAAAAGUUAUAAUAAGAAGUAGGCUGAGAAGACGAUCGACACUUGCGAGAUUCGCGUCGUAACACGGUUCCCGGUCGAUUCGCGGUGAAACGGCAUCUGACGAUAACGAGACACGUGCAACGAGAAUUCCUUUACCACGGAGUAAUUAGCUCUGAUUAUCGAGUCCGAUUCGCAAAGAUGGUCUCGUUAACGUAAUUACGCGCAACACGGCCACUAUCUUCGUAGCUCGGCGCAGCGAUGGAUGAAGCAUGCAUGGGAAAUUAAGCCGCGAAAUCGUGCGAUCUCGUACCGCUUCAGCGCCUGUUCGUAUACCGACGUGAUGAAAAGUUUGUUACGAGAUCGUAGGAGUGCACUAUAAACACGAUACUAUGUGUGUAAUUGACUCUUAUAACGGUGAUACGGAAGAUUUCAAGAAAUCGACAAAGUUUAUAUAAAACUGCAGAGAAGCUCGCGCUUCGGCAUGUCGGUGGUUUCCUGCUUAAUUUAUGAUCUGGUAACAUCGACGACACCCGAUCGAUGAAAUCGUAAAACAAGAUUGAUUCUCGACGAGUAUAUCCAAGUUUGUCGACAAGGUGAGCAUCUAGUCAAGAAUUAGACGGCUUAGCAGGAUAUGCAAAAGCGUGCGGAGAACGUUAAUGCGUCGUUCCAUCCCGCGGGGAACGAAGAAUCAACAGCAUUCUGCACGCCUCCCAGGAAGCUAAUGGCUGAGUCAGCGCAGUUAAUCUCCCCUUUUCCUUCUUUUUCCCCCAUGAAUGAUUAACGAGGCGUCCAUUAGAUCAUUAAGAUUUGCCGUGGUUCCAAUUUACUUGCCUAGACACGCCACAGUCUUAAUUACGAAUGUCUUCUCUCUCUCUCGGAGAAACACGCGGAAUUUUCCUGUCUGACCAACGCUGUCCUUAUCUACUUACCGACUAAGAGCGACUGGAUGGAACUUGCACGAUAAAGAUCGCAGUUUCUACCGACGUAUAACAUUAUAUCGAUGAAAGUAGAGAAGAAAUUUACAUUGUACACGAAUCAUGGUUACUUAAGUUUUUUUUUCAUCGAAUAUCCGUCUAUAUCCGUUUUUGUUGUUCGAUUCUACCGUAACGAUUUUUACGAUUGUAUUUCUUCAUUGAACAUUCUCUACAUAUUCUUACGUCACAAUGAGCAUGCACGUAAUGAUCGAUGCGAAGGCAAUCACACGGAAGAAAGCGUGUGUAGUAAACCGGAAGCAAAAUCGAUACAAUUACAUGGAAUUAAAGCAAUUGCAUUAGGUAGCGGUGAGCACGAGGAUACGAAGAAAAAGAGAAGGUAAUAAUAGAAGAUACGUGCGCGGACCAUGAGGGAAAGCAACAAUUCCCAAUCACAGUCGGCGAUUCGUGUCUCGACUAUAAACCCACAUAAUUCGACGAGCUGUUGGAGCUGUUCGAACACGAAACAUAGGCGGCCUAGACUUUCCAUGGAUCGCAGUCACGUUAUGUCACCAAAGAACUACUUUUGCCCUGUUCGUCAAUCGGUAUCGCGAGCUUCCAGCCCGUCGAGCAAACAGCCUAUCGAUUAUCGUGGCCAGCCUGCAUUUCACUGGUUUCCCAUGAAACGAAUUUAUCGGAAGCCCAGCGAAUAAGUAAACUGUAAACCGGCUGUUUGGCCCGGCUGAAACUUCGAUGAUCGGAUUAUUCGCCGGUUCUCGGGACAUCACGCCGCGGUUCGCCACACGAAAUUACGUUUAGAGUUUGGGUCGACUUGCUCCGUCACAUCUACCUCGCAAAGCCACGGGAGCAUAAAGUUAUUUCCAACUAACAUACAAGGUACAAUAGCUCUUUGAACAUUUAUCGAAACAUUUUACGAGUGUACUAUACAAAACAUUUUGAAAUUUCAUUAGCAUUACGGUAAGAUACGACUAUACGAUUGUAUUUGCCAAGAUCCUAUCGACAAAGUUUCGAACGAAUUUGAAAGCGUCUGCGAACGAACAAGCAGAAAAGUUUUCUACAGAGUGUAUAGUAAGAGUUCAAGUAACACUUUGUGUGCCAUUAGUAAGGUGAAAACGAGAGACAUAAUUUUUUUCACGGUAUACUACUCUAGUUUUUGCGCUAGUUUUGCUGUUUACGCCUCCAUAAGAAGGAAAUCUAGCGUCAAGGAAAGAAAAAGUAAACAUUCUAUUACGUAAAGGACUAUGAAUAUUUAUUCAACUGACUAUUAACUAGAUUCUACUCACGCUGUUGCGCCAUACUUCCCUGCCUAUGUAAACUGGUUUCCUUGUAAAAUAAACAAGCGAAACUUUCUUCCCGA